AUGGAUUCGUCCCCCCCAGAACCCGGGGCUCACCCUGACCCUCUGCAGCUCUGGCAGGAGGAGAACCAGACCCAAGGUGGGCUCUGGAAUGGCAGCCAGGAGCUGGGGUGGGAAGAGCUGGAGAAGAUGCUCUUCCUCUUUGCAAAGGAGCCUGUCACCAUCAGCCUCACAGUGAUGUACUUGGUGUCCUUCGUGGUGGGCUUCGUGGGCAACAUCAUGUCCAUCAGGGUGCUGACCCGCAAGCGCCGGAGUCGGGUGUCCAGCCUGAGCGCCACCCGCAGCCUCCUCAUCAACCUGGCGGUGUGUGACCUCAUGGUGGUGUGCAUCUGCAUGCCCAUCACCGUGGGCAACCUCAUCUACAAAGCCUGGGUGUACGGGGACUUCCUCUGCCGGGCAGUGCCCUUCAUCCAGGCCGUUUCUGUCUCCGCCAGCGUCCUCAGCCUGACGGUCAUCAGCGUGAACCGGUACUACAGCGUGCACAACCCGCUCAACGCCCGCUCUUUCUUCACCCAGAAGAGGAUCCUCAGCACCAUCCUGCUGGUGUGGUUGUUGUCCUCAGGGAUAUGCAUGCCGCUCAUCUUCAUGAACAAACGGGAUGAGAUCGGGGUGGUGGAGGGCUUGCCCCUGGUGUUUUCCAUCUGCAGGGAGAUUUGGCCUCAGGAGAGGCUCAAGCAAGCCUACAAUUUCCUGCUCUUCUGUGCCCUGUACUGCCUGCCCGUCCUGUUCAACAUGGUCAUCUGCUUCCUCACGGUGCGCCGGCUGUGGAGCCGCAGCAGCCAGCUGAAGGACAGCUCUGCCCUGAACCGAUCCCUGCCGGCCUCCCGGCUGAAGAUCCGCAGGAAAGUGGCACAGAUGGUGGUGGCCCUGGUCCUGCUGUUCGCCGUCUCUUGGCUGCCUGUCUACCUGAUGGAUAUCUGGAUUGAUUUCAACAUUCCCAAAUCUUUGCAGGAUGUGACUCCUUCUCCUUGGAUCCUGCAGCUCAGACCUUUUGCCCAGUGGCUUGGCCUCACCAAUUCCAGCCUCAACCCUAUAUGCUACUGCUUUGUGGGGAACCUUUACAGAUCAGCCAAGGAAAUGAAGAGCAAAUACCACCAAAGGAUGGUCUCGCUCUUUAACUUCUCUCUGUCUGAACGGACAACUCAUUCCUCAGUCCCAGAGCUGCUCUCUUACCAGAGUUCAGUGGAGCUUGCAAGGAAAGGACCCUCCACCACUCCCUGCAUGGACAGGAGACGUCAGGGAAGUCAUGGCCAUAAGAACAAGUGUGGACACUUGAACUCCUGCCAGCAUCCACCUCUGAAUACUGUCUCCAGUGAGAACACUUCCUUGUAA